UGUUGCCUGCACUCCAAGUCAACCCUAAGCUAAUUGCUGACAGCACAUAAUAAAAUAUUUACUAAGAUUUCUUUAUGGUUGCAGAUGGAACAAUUGAAAUUGCUGACCAAAAAUUAAGUGUGGUGUAUGACCCACCACACUUGCUAAAAGGGUUAAGAAACAAUUUUUUGACUAAAAACAUGAUUUUCAAUGGAAAAAUCGCAACAUGGGAUGACAUUUUAACUGUAUAUAGAGCUGAUUGUCAGCUUGGUCACACAAGAAUGCACAAAAAGUUGACAGAUCAUCAUGUCAUAGCUUCUAAAAUAAAGAAAAUGAGAGUGAGUGUAGCUGCUCAAGUUUUAAGUGCACAAACCAGUGCUAUGCUAAAAUAUACAUCAUUAUUCAGAACCACUGUGAAUGGUGAAUUAGUCAGUGAAACAAUGAGGACAACUGGUGAAGCAGUGCAAUUCAUGGAUUCAUUGUUUGACAGUGUCAAUGGUUCCCGAAGGAGCUCAAAAAAAGGAAAAUUAAGAGGGCCAAUCAAACCAAAUUCCGAACAUUUUGGCUUUUGGCGAGAAGCCAUUAAAAUUUUAAAAAACGUUAGGUAUGUUGUUUCAGUCAGCAAAAAAGCAAUAACGAAUAAAAAAACAUAUUAUGUACGUGUUCCUUCCCUUGAUGGUUGGAUAAUAACUUUAGAAAGUUUUGAAAGGAUAGCCAACUUGCUGUUUAAUGUUUAUAAACUAAAAUAUUUUUAUCCAAGGUUGAUCAACCAAGACCCUUUGGAGAAUUUUUUUGGCAGGGUCAGGGCUAUGAAUUACAGAAAUGUAAACCCUGAUUCAUAUACAUUUGUGAAUUCUUUUAAAUCGCUAUUAAUAUCCAAUGUAAUGGGUCCUCAUUCCCUGUAUUCAAAUUGUGAAGAAGACAACGGUGACACUGUAGUGGACUUUAUUAACUUAUUAAAAGUAGAUUCAUCAAACGAUAAAGAAAAUGUUAGUCCUACAGACUUAAACUCUAUGCCUGCUACUUUUUCUUCGUUGUCGGCGUCGCAUGCAGCCAAUGCAACAAUUGAUGCAAUUAAUGAGAGAGUUAGUGUUCAUUCGUCUGCUUACACAGCUGGAUAUGUUUGCAGACGACUCUCAAUUAAAUUAAAGUGUAAAAAUUGUCAGCGUACUUACACAGCCAAUGAAAAAGAAAAUUUCCAUGAAUGGAUAGUACAAAGGGAAUAUAAAAAACUGAAAAACAGUAACUUGGCUUAUCCCGCAAAGGCUUUUCUUAUAUUGUAUAGGGAUAUUUCCGCCUUUAUUCACAGCACUUUAAACAAAUGUGCUCAUAUUAAAGGUAUAGGAACACAUAUUAAGAAAGGGAUUUUGUCACUAUUCGAUUUUUGCUGGCUGGGUUGCACUAAACACAAAAAAGUAUUAAUUGAUUAUUGUAUAAGACUCAUACUAAGAGUGCACAUUCAUAACUGGUGUAAUACAAUAAAUAAAAUUUUAAGAGGAGACAUUGAAGAGAAAUAUGUAAUGAAAAUGCAUGACCCCCAAAUAAUGGCAUAUAAUAAAUAUAAAUUACAUAGGUUAAGAAAUAGAAAUAAAUAAAUAUAAACAAUGAACUCUGUUUUAUUAUGUGUACAUACCCAUUUCAACACCAAAUAAAUUGAACCUAAAAUCCUGAACUUUUUUUUUCCUAAUGGUACAUCACUAGUCACAAGGAAAUCGAUAACAGUCUCAUCACUUUAGCGAUGUUAGCGCUACGCGCAUACACCGGAACUAA